AUUGUGAGUUGUGGAUUUUGCUUGUUGGUUGAAUAUCUGGAAUGACCAAAAUGAUUCAACAGAAGCUGCCACGGGCUGUUUUAACGAUAUUAACAGUGGUGCUGCCGAUGGUACUGCACUGCACAGCCGAGCAGCAAAAAUUUAGACUGACACCGGUGGAUCUGGUCGCAUCGGAGGGCACCGAGACGCUGUUGCGAUGCGAAAUCCACAACGCAGCCGGUUCGGUGCAGUGGACCAAGGAUGGUUUUGCGCUGGGGUUCACGCAGAGCAUACCGGGGUAUCCCAGGUAUUCGGUGCUCGGUGACAGUGGCCAGGGCAUCUACAACCUGCGGAUAGUGAACGUCACGCUCGAGGAUGACGCCGAAUAUCAGUGCCAAGUGGGCCCUUACAUGCACCACACGCUGAUCCGUGCCAAGGCAAAGCUGACCGUAAUAGCUGCGCCGGCAUCGGUUCAAAUCCAGGGCUACAGUCAGCAUGCAAAGGCCGAAGUUCGGGAGGGCCAGGAGCUGUCGCUCACAUGCGUCGUACCACAGGCGAGACCGGCCGCCCAGAUCGUUUGGUAUCGGGCCAACGUAGAGUACAACUCAGAUACCAUCGACACGAAGACCACGGAAACGGAAGAUCGACGGUACACCGUAACGUCCAAGCUGCGCCUGCAGCCGACCGCGGAAGAUGACUACAUCGACUACACGUGCCAAGCCCGACACCCGGCAAUCCCGGAAGACCGUCCAAUGCAGGCCACCGUACAGCUGUCAGUGCUCUACCCUCCCGGAGCACCGUACAUCGAUGGAUACUCACCGAGCGAAGCGGUGCGUAAAGGGCAGCACGUGAAGCUGGUGUGCCGUAGCCGAGGUGGUAACCCACCGGCCCAACUGAUCUGGUACAAGAAUGGUAAUCAGGCCCGCAUGGCAUACCGGACGACCGAUCGACUGUCGGAAAACAUUUACUCCUUCGUCGCGGAAGCAACUGACAACAAGGCACGGUUGCGUUGCGAAGCGAACAACAUAAUGGCGACCAAGAUACUUAAAGCGGAGGUUACGCUUAAUGUGUUGUUUGCUCCGACACAAGUGAUCGUUUCCGGACCGUCCGAGGCGCGGAUAGGCGAUAGUGUGACUCUCCAGUGCCAGACAACGGCAUCGAAUCCGGCAGCGGACAUCAAAUGGGUUGUCAAUGGAAAGCAGGUGGCAAACGCUUCGGCGAAAGUUGUUCCAAGCCCGGAAGGAGGAUGGGUUACUACCUCCAACAUAACAGCCACGGUGGAAGCCAACAAACGUUCGCUGAUUGCCAUUUGCCAUGGCGUUAAUAUGCAACUGCCCGAAAACGUGCAAUCCACUCACACCGUUAAUGUACUACUUCCUCCCGGACCACCGAUCAUCUCCGGUUACACGGAAGGAUCCAUUUUGGCGGAGGGUACGAAGCACAAGCUCAUGUGCAUUUCGUCGGGCGGCAAUCCAUUAGCAACGCUGGUUUGGUACAAAAAUGAUAAGAAGAUCAAAUCCAUAAGCAAAACGACGGACCAGUCGGUUUCUGCCGAGCUGUCGAUAAAGGCGAACGUAACCGACAAUCAGGCUCAGUAUCGGUGCGAAGCACACAAUUCGGCCACCGAGAUUCCACUCUUCGAGACGAAAGUUCUGACCGUGCACUUCGCACCGGAGACGGCCAAGAUACGGAUGGAACCGGUGGAACUGCGGCCCGGUAUCGAAGCGACGCUGAUAUGUGACUCCAGCUCAAGCAAUCCACCGGCAACGUUAGCCUGGCGGCACAAAGGAACCACACUGGAAGGUACGAACAACUCCUCGAAGCCCGGUCUGUGGGGCGGCACCGUGUCUUCGCUCGAGCUGAAGCUGAACAUCACGCAGGAUAUGGAUGGCCACGUGUACACCUGCCAAAGCACGAACGAGAUGCUGCAGCGUAGCGUCAAUGUGGCUGUCAAUUUGCCGGUGCUGUAUGAGCCCCAGUUCUCGCCGCCGGACGAAACGACCGUCAGCGGGGUGGAAGGAGAGCCGCUGGCCGUUGCCCUGGUCGCGACCGGUAAUCCCCCGUCCAUCGCCUACACCUGGACCAAGGAUGGACAGCGGAUAGCAUCGUCCGGUGUACCGAGAAUCGUCUCGGAAGGACCGAUCCUUAACAUUACCAAGCUGAAGCGCUCGGAUGCCGGCGUGUACACGUGCGAAGCCACCAACUCCCAAGGGUCGGCGAUGAUUAAUAUCACCCUGCAAGUCAAGUAUGCUGCGACGAUAAAAUCCAUCUCCAAACCCGUCAUCGUAAACCCGGGCGAGGACGCAAUACUAAACUGCACCGUUGACGGAAACCCAUUAACGCCGGAACACGUACGCUGGGAGCGCACCGGGUACGAUCUGAAGGCAAAAACGACCGCGGCCUACGCCAACGCAACCGGUGCGCUGGUGGUGAAGGAUGCACACCGGGAGGAUGUGGGCAAUUUCCGGUGCAUCGCUGAUAAUCAUGUCGGCGAACCGGCGGGCCGCGAUGUGCUAUUGAUUGUCAAAUUUGCACCAGAGAUAGAUAAAUCAUCCGCGAUGCUUCGGGCUGCCUCGGGCCCUGGUGAUCAGGCUCGUCUACCCUGCCGUGCGCAGUCCGCCCCAGAACCUACCUUCCACUGGAUACGUUCCGGCCAGGAGCUGGCCGUCAACCAAACGUCCAAAUACCAAACCAUCCAGCGUCAACUCGACCCGCUAACGUACGAAUCCAUCCUUCUAAUCGAGCGCAUUUCCUCGGCCGACUAUGGCGAGUACGAGUGCCGGGCGAAGAACGAUCUCGGCAGCGGUGCCGGCGUCGGGCGGCUGGAUGUAAAAUCUGCCCCCGAACCACCGACCACCUUGACCGUGCUGAACGUAACGCACGACACCGUUACGCUCGGCUGGGAGCCCGGUUUCGAUGGUGGACAUCGUGCCAGCUACCGGAUACGCUACCGGGAAGUAACGUCCGAACGGUACCGGUACGAGGAUGGUCCCCCGAACGCUCGGCAGCUCACGGUGGCCGGGUUGCGUAGCAACACGCUCUACCUGUUCUCGAUCAUGGCCGCCAACGUGCUCGGCGAGAGCCGUUACCUGCCCGAUUUGACCCGCGCCCAAACCCGAGAACCACCGCCAACCGAUACCGUUUCGUCCGUGCUCGGCAGCAAGCCACCGAUGGAAUCCUCAUCCUUUCUCGGCCCUUCGUCAACGGUCGGACCGUCCGGGUUGCUGCUGCUUGGAAUUGGGGUCGCGGCCGGCAUCUGCCUGGUACUGCUCAAUAUCCUUCUUAUCGGAUUCUGUCUCUACCGGCGCGGACUACCCGGUACGAGCCCCGCCACACAUCGUGCUCACCGUGGCCACAAACACAACACCGGACCGUACACCGGUGGCGUCGGUGGUGAUGACUCAGCCAACCCGAACAGUAAAUCGGCCACAAUCGAAAUGUAUGCGCCCAGCUCGUACAACGACACGGUCACCGGUGAGACGCUGUCGAGCGUUUCGGAGAAGAGCGAUGCGUAUUCGAACGACGAUAGUCAGCCAGAUUUUAUGGAUGACACUCGGAAAAGGGCGGUUUCCACGUACCUUAUCGAUGGAGGAGAAAUGCAACCACCACGGUAUCAGCAAGACAGCAACUUACCUCAUUACGCUAGCAAUACCGGUACUGAAAGUGGAUAUGAUCAAUCCGUACCCACCGAUAGGCUUAAAAACUCCACUAUGGAUGGUUCGUACUACCACAUGAAUAACGACCGUUUCUAUCCUCCGAUGGAUUAUCCGGGCAUUGAAUUUCCGACCCCUCCAUUACCCGUGCUACCCUCCAUAGCCGGUGGGGAAAGUUCUUCCGAAACGCUGCGCAGGGUCGCCCGAACGAUGGUGCCACCGCCGGAUGUAACGCAUCACACACACCACCGCACAGGCGGCCAUCUGCCCGACGGCAGUCUGUCGUCGACGAUUCCGCUCGGCAGCCUCAGUGCCAGCAUCUCGCAAGCCGUCCAAUCGACACCGAAGCAACCGCAAGGCAUCCUGAAAGAUCCCAAGCGUAGCAAUAGUUCCGCUAGCGGAAGUCACACCUAUUCCACACUGCCACACCAGCAGCAGCUGUACAGUGUACACAACCCAUCGCCCAUCCCAUCGGACCAGUACAUCCAAGGAGGGCCAAACAGUCAUGGUUUCUUGGUGAUGGAACCGCACGGCCACACCGUGCACGUUGGUUCCAGCUCGGGUGGUAGCAUGCUGAUGGGAGCGUACGAUCCGCCAGCCAGCUCCAGCUUGGCGUCAUAUAAUGUUUCCGUUGGGUAUACCGACUCGGAUGGACAUCUCGUUUAGUGCGGCUAUUUUGUCCAAAACCGACAAACAAUGACCAUGUGUAACAAUGCAAUUAGAACGGUAUCGCUAGAAAAUAACAGAUCGAGACACAUAAAGCAUACUUUAAAUUCGAAGCGUAAUCAGAAUCGACAAACGAUUGUCAUGAAAAUGUUUUUAACAUUUUUGAUUUAAUAAGAAGAGGAAAUCUGAGAGCAAUCGAUUUUUUGUUGUCUCCAUUUUUUUGUUCAAUUAAAACAAAAUUAUGGGUAAAUUUUAUGUAUAACAUUGCAUAUAUUCCACAUUUAAACCAUGUAAACAACCAAAGUUAAGACGAAAUUUUUAAAAUUUAAUACAAACAUCUAUUGAGUAGUUCAACAUUGUCAAUUACAAGCGAUUAGCACUGGUAUCUCUUGAAAGUACUAGGCACAAAUUUAAAUUCCCUGAAAAGUAUACACUAUUUUCGAAAAUUUUCUUUUGAAAAUCAGUAGAAACAAUUGACAAUAAAUCGAAAUUUUGUUUUAGUUCAAUCAGCUCAAUGCAGGGAUUUUACACGGUUCAAAAAUUGUAUUGUUCAUAAGUUUUGUGUACUAAAAACGAAACCUCUUUAAAUUACCUCACAUACGUUAUUAUCAUAUUGUUAACAAAAGACGUUAUACUAUUAUUUUUCUUUAUUGAUUUGAUUUACGUUACCCAGUUGUUGUAAAUAUAAAAUAUCAAACACGAUACAAUAUGAGUAGCAUUUUAAAAGAAAUUAUAGGCCAAAGAUACGAAUUUUGCUGCCGGUGAAGUUAACAUGUCAGUAAGCAAGAACCAAUUUUAAAACGACUUAAUCGAGUUAGUUAUGAGUUUAAAAUAUAUUGUAAUAAUUUUUAAACCUUGUCAGUAAUUUACAAGUGUUCAUCCAGCGUUCGAUUCUUCACCUGUUUACAGAUUUAUUACACAUCGAGAGAAGCAAUGGUCUUUUUAAAACUUAAACUGCCAAACGUUUGUAGAACUAUUCACACCGACGCUUUCUACACUUACUUUACACUCCUUCUAUGACAAAUAUUAUAUACUUACAGUAAUGGCCUUCUCUUUUUGUGGUUGAUAUACACUCUUUCACGACUCUUGGUAGGAGGAUCUCAUCAUUGUCGCGUUUAACAAACAAUUAUUGCCGCGUUACAUUUUAUUAUUUCCAAAUCGUGCAAUACAUACAAACAUGUGCAUGCGACACGUCAGCAUAUGUACAUCAAACUGAUAGAUAGAAGAAUCGUAGAAAUAAACAAAUGUUUUAUUACAUAUUUCUUAUAGAUAGCGUCAU